AUGGAAAAUGCUACUUCUUCACCAGUUACCAUUACAUCUCCUUCACGUUCAGAUACAAGUGGUUCCCCAAACAAAAAGGAAUUAAAGCAAUCUUCACCUAAACCAAGAAAAAAACAACGACAAAAGGAAGCAACUUCUCCUACUUUUAAAACAAACAGUUCAUCUGAUUCAUUCAAUUUAUCAACACAACCUUUAUCAACAUCAACAGAAAUCAAUAGAAAUAUUAAUAAUACUGACAAUAAUGAAAACGAUCAAGACACCAUCAAGAAUACACGCGACACAUCAACACUGAAUCAACCCAAAUUUAGAUAUACUACGUUUCCACUCAAAGGUUAUACUAUUCUACCAACUCGCAAUAUUACAAGUUCUUUUGUAAGAUCUGAUAUAUCUUAUGUCAAAGGGAACAAAGCUGGUGAUGAUGCUAUAUGUCCAAACGCUGAAGAAGAAUGGCAUGAUACUAUUAUUAUUCAUCCUGGAUCACGUAAUCUUCGCAUUGGUUUGGCUUCUGAAGCUUAUCCUAUUACUGUACCACACGUUAUUGCACGACGAAUGAAAUAUACUAAUCAACCUAGAACAGCAACAAGAACAACAACAAGCGAUAUUGAUGCUAUGCAAGUGGAUGAUGAAGAACAACAAAAUAAUAACGAUGAUGAUGAUGAUGAAGAAAAAAGAGAACAACAUGAUGAUGCUAUCCGAGAAAUGCGAAACGAACUAAAUUGGCGAAUGAAGAAUGCAAAACGAAGAACUAUUCCAAAUGCCGAUAAUCAAGUUAUCAGCUUCAACACAAACGCUCCCAAAGAAACUAUUCCAGAUCAUAAUGAUCCAUACCGUGUAGAUUGGAUUGAUCUCAAGGACUCGGCAGCAUUACAGGAUGUUUAUGUGGCUGAUAAGGCACUCAAAGUCCCUCUUGAUGGUGAUGAUGAUAAAUCGGAUUAUCGGUUAUUUUAUCCUUGGCGAAACGGUACUUUGAAUCAUAUGGAUUAUUCUUCUCUAUAUGCUGUCUUGGGUGAUUUACAAACUAUUUGGACUUCUGUUAUUCAUUCCGAAUUGGAUAUUGAAGAUCAUACAUUUGAGAAUUUUAAUGCGGUUUUGGUGGUGCCGGAUAUCUUUCACCGAUCUUAUAUAUGUGAAUUGAUUACGAUGAUGUUACAACACAUGAAAUUUAGAGGUGUCAUAGUCCAACAAGCGUCUGGAUGUGCUACUUUUGGAGCAGGUGUCUCGAGCGCAUGUGUGGUUGAUAUUGGAGCUCAAACUACUACAAUUACAUGUGUGGAUGAAGGAGUACCUAUAGUGGAUUCGAGAAUGACAAUCAAUAUUGGUGGCGAUGACAUCACCAAAACAUUCACUUCUUUCUUACAAGAUAAUCAAUUUCCUUAUCAUGAUUUGAACUUGGCAAGAUCCUAUGAUUGGCGAUUGGUGGAAGAACUCAAGGAAAAAUGGUGUACUAUGAAUGAAGCCGAAAUCAGUGUUCAAGUAUAUGACUUUUUUGUUAGGGCACCUCAUCAACAUACAUACAAAUAUCAAUGCAAAGUAUACGAUGAAGUUUUCUUGGCUCCUCUAUGUUUGGUAUAUCCUGCUAUUCUGAACAAUCACAAGGAUGAUAUGGAAGAUGAAAACAGUGAUCUUAUGUAUAAUGGUUUUACUUCCAACGGCGUUAUUGAUGAUAUUGCAGAAGAACCUAAUAAAAAAACGAACGUUUAUCGAUAUUAUCCUAUUGACGUUGCAAUUGCACAAUCUAUCCAGUCUGCAUCUGGUAAUUCUGAUGAUCGACUCAAGCGAUACUUUACAAAUAUCAUUGUGGUUGGAGGAGGUGGUAAGAUCAGCAACUUUGAUAGAGUGUUGGAAGAUCGGCUUCUGUCUACGGUGAUUGCAAGAUCAUCCAUGGUCGACAAUGUGGAAGUGUUACCAGCGCCUCGUGAAUUAGAUCCUCAAAUCCUGGUGUGGAAAGGUGCGUCUGUAUUGUGCAAGCUGGAUAUUGCCAAGGAUAUGUGGAUUGGUGAAUCAGAAUGGCUUGAAGCUGGUUCUCGCUUAUUACGGGAUCGUUCUAUGUUACUAUGA